CCAUUAUUGCAGAAAAAUAAGAGGCAACAUUCUGUUUGGGAAGUAAGUAGCUGGUUAAGCUAACACGCUUCGUUACCAAGAAUGGCGUCAAAAAAGGGAAAGAAAGUAGUAAACCAAGAAGAACUCCGGCGGCUUAUGAGAGAGAAACAAAGGCAAAACACCGAGAAGAAGCGCGUGGAAUCUCCUUUCGCUAAAUACAACAGUUUGGGUCACCUCAGCUGCUCCUUGUGCUCUGUGCAGGUGAGAUCUGAACUGCUGUGGCCAACUCACGUUCUGGGAAAGCAGCAUAAAGAUAAAGUUGCAGAGUUGAAAGAAGCAAAGAGUCAACCAGCUGUACCACAGAGUCAGCCGACAAAAAGGAAAAUGCAGGGCAGUGAGGAAGCAGUUCAAAAAAAGGCCAAAGCAGCAGGUCAGUCUGGGUCAGGGUUGCCUGGAGACUUCUUUGAGAAACCAGCUGAAAAGGCGCCUUCACAGAAAUCUGCAGGAUUGAGCCUUUUAGCCGGAGUUUAUGACGAAGACGACGAUGAAAACACUGAUGAGCACAACCCCCCAGCUCAGCCAGCUGAGGAGCUGCCAGCCGACUUCUUUGACAGCUCCAUCCCAUCCACGCCUGCUAUAUCCCACUCAGGAUCCAUCCUUAAAGCAGAGGUAGCGGAGAAGACCGCCGAAAAGAAAGACAACACCGCGGAGGCACUGCCAGAGGGUUUCUUCGACGAUCCGGUCAGGGACGCGAAGGUCCGAAACGUCGACGCCCCGAAGGAUCAGAUGGACAAGGAGUGGGAAGAGUUUCAGAGGGAAAUCCGACAGGUGAACACUAAGUCUGAGGCCAUUGUGGCAGAGGACGAUGAAGAAGGGCGCCUUGAGCGACAGAUCGACGAGAUUGAUGAACAGAUCGAGUGUUAUAAAAGGGUGGAACUGCUCAGGGACAAGAGGGAUGUGUUGAAGAGUAAACGUGAGCCCAGGAAGGAUGAAAACAUGGAGACUGAGGAAAACAACGAGGCGGAGGGGGAGGAGGAUGAAGAGGGAUUGCUGGGACUUCUGUCCCAGGACUGGAGAGCUAAGGGAGCUCUAGCCUAAAGUUACUGUAAAUCAUGUUUUUGGUCACGAUUUGACAAUUGUUUCCAAACAUGUAAAUAGUUUUACUUAAAGUCACCAUGUUUUGUAAAUUUCAGAUUUGAUUCCUGCAACACACCAGUAAAAAUGUGACAGAAUCCAGGGCUCUUUAAUUUAUUACAAAAACACAAAGUCAAGCCUUUCACUUACUUUAUUCAUUGGUGCUCAAACGAAAAAAAAAAAACAUUUACAGUUGCAACGUGGACCCAAAAAUAUGGCAGUGACAAAAGCCAAACUCAGUCCUGCAAAAACCAUUAUAGAAAAUUAUUUUUGGGAACAAAAAUAACUUAAACAAGUCAUACAUUUUCAUUUGAUAAAGGGUCAAUUGCUAAGAACCCCCCCUUUUUUUCUUCUUAAAGCAUCCAAAGUUAAACAAUUUUUGGUCAAAUGUUGCAACUAGUAUGUUUUGAUGCAUAAAAAUAAUCUAGUAAAUCUCAAUUUUACAAUUAAAUUACUAAAAUAGGGUAUUAUUUAAGUAAAAUGAUCUAAUUUCAAUACACAGCGACACAUUUCAAGUCUUGUUCAUGUAGAUUCUUUACAAAUAAGGAAAACUCAAAAUUCCGCUACAUAAGCUCAAAAAGAACUUUUAAAAACAAAUCUACUGUUAAAACUCUGGCUUUUAACAGCUGAAUGAGAGGAUAUUAAUGGAAAAUUAAGUGAAAAGAAAAAGAGCCUCAUUGUCCAAUGGAAUUUGCACUGUCAAAAGUAUCAAUCCUGUUAACCUUUAACUGAGGACACAAUAAGCUCCAGGGUGAUAUUACUGUUGGUACAUGAUUAAAUACCAGUAAUUUGUUAAAUUCAUAAAUACCGCUAUUAUUGCCAGCAUCAGUUAUACAAUUUUAUAAAUGUAUUUGUUUUCAGGGGUCGCCACAGCAAGUCAUUACAACCUACUUCCAGACUAGAAGAGUUUUACCUUACACAACUAGUAUGCAAACCCUGGUCCUCCACAUUACUUUAAAGAAUUAAAUCCAUCACCAUGAGGGCACAAAUGUGAUCUGAAUAGUGCUGGACAUCAAAAGCUUUCCUUAAAAAACCCUGUAAUUUUGAGGCCAUACUGUUUUACAACUAAAUUAGAGUUACCAAGAACAACAAUGCCUCCUUUAGAUUGCAUCCCUUCUAUGCUGCAGGCGCAGCAAUUAUGCAAACAAAACUUUGAUCAUGUAUCGAGUUCAGAUACUGUACACCAUAUUGACAUGUUUGGGCAGAAUAUUUUUUUUAAAUCCAUUUUUUGUUGUUUUUUUUGGGUCAUGAUAUAUGCUAAAUGCAUUCAGGGAAAGUAAAAUUUAUGGAGUUUUCUUUUAUUUGCUGCAAUAAUCAUUCAAAUGAACAAACAACUGCUUG